AAAAGAAUUCGGAAAGUUUUUUAAAACAAAAAGCAUUGGAGAACAAUGUACAGAAGAAUCUUUGAUGCAUUUAUACAAUAAAUUUUUAACAACAAAAAACAAAAAAAUGAAUAUGUCUCAGUUAGAACAUGCCUUUAUAUCUAUUUUAAAUAUAAAAAUGUCUUCCAAAGAUUUCAGUAUCUUAUUUCAGAAGAUAAAUUUAAGAAAAGAUGGAUAUGUAACAUGGAAUGAAUUUAUUUCUUACUUAAUAAUGGAAUUUCAAAAGACGGAUAUAUCCUUACAAUAUCAAAUGUUAGAACUUCCACUUACAGGCUCACCUAAAAUAUUAAAAACACAUCAUCGUACUCCAAUUUGUAGAAUUGCUUUCUAUCCUGAAUUACUUCCAGAUCGAAGCAGUAGUUUUCAAAAAGGUUGUUAUCUGACUGCUAGUAGAGAUGGAGUUAUUAAUUAUUGGUCAUUAGAUUUUAAAUAUGAACGCAGUGUACAAUCUGUAAAUCCAUAUUUGAAGGUACAACAAACCACAAUAACUGAUAUGAUACUAAUGCCAGAUGUUCAAAUAAUAUGUACAAGCUCUACUGAACGUGAUUUAAGAUUUUAUGAUGUUGUGGCAAAGAAAUUUGAAUUACGUGUGAUGAUAUCAAGUUUAAAUUAUGUUGUUGUAUGUAUGUCAUAUUACUUCAGUUCAAACAUAAAGGAUAACUCUUACAUUAUUUUGGGAGAUACAAAUGGAUCUAUUAUAAUCAUGACUUUUUCUUCCAUAGAAAAAGGGCCUUUUAAACAACAAUCUGAAUACAAUACAAUAUCCAUACGUUAUGAAGCACUUAUCAGAGAUGAGCUACCUGAUCUAAAAGUAAUAGAAAUUAAACAUGUACAUACAAAUUGGGUAAAUCAAGUGGCUUAUUAUGGAAAUCUUAGAGCUUUCAUGUCUAGCAGCAAAUGUUCAGAAUGUUCAUUAUUAUUUAGUGAUCCUACAAGGAUGAGAAUACAAUAUAAAUUUACUGUCGCAAGGGGAAUAUCUUGUUUUAAUUUUUGUGAAGAAAGUCAAAUACUUGUAACAGGUGGUCCUGAUUGUAUAAUCCGAGUUUGGAAUCCUUUUGUACCAACAAAAGCAAGUAAUAUUUUUCAAGGACACCAAGCAACUAUUUGUGCUAUAAUAUUACAAAAUGCAGGCCAGCGUAUAUAUUCUUUAUCAAAAGAUAAAUGCAUAAAAGUUUGGGAUGUUCCUACUUAUACUUGUAUACAGACAUACAAUGGUUUACAAAAAGAACUAAGUGAAAACAUAAAAGUAUCCGUAAUUUAUAAUAAAUUAACACAUAAAAUGAUCAUUUGUAGUAUGAUAAUUGCCAUUGUUAUUUGUGAACAAGUGAUCAAUGAGGAAAUAUCAGAUGGAAUUUCUCAUACAAAGCCUGUUAGUUCUGUACUUUAUAAUCAUUUAUAUAAAUUAAUUGUUUCUACAGGAUUAGAUUCAUGUAUUAUAGUAUGGGAUCCUUGGGUUGGUCGUCGUUUAUAUUUAGUGACUAAUGCUCAUAGUAUUUUACUAUAUGGACAAUAUGUUAACAUUGAAAUUACUGCUGCUACUUUCGAUGAUUCUGAACAAUUAUUGGUAACAGGUGCUAGAAAUGGAUCAUUAAAAAUAUGGAAUUUUAAUACAGGAACAUGUUUGCGAAAUAUGGCAAUAGAGGAUCAAUGUGAAAUAACUAGUUUAAAUUGGGUGGAGAAUCGUAUUUUAUGUACAGGAUGGAAUCAACGUGUUACAGAAUUUACAAUCUCUGAACUUCACACGUAUAAAAAAAGCUGGGAGUUGAUACAUACAGAUGAUGUACUUUUUUCAGCUGUACAAUAUCCACAAGUUUUAGCUACUGCUUCAUAUAAUGGAGAAAUAAUUUUGUGGCGACUUGAAACAGGUCAGCCAUACAGAAGAUAUCAAGUGAGUAAUGCAACUGGAAGAUAUGCUAUUAAAGAUAAAAAUAAUCUUAAAGAAAAUAUGAAAGAAACUUUGUCAAAAAUAAAAGAAGUUAAACUAAAACAACAAAUUUUAAAUGAAGAAAACUAUGAUCAAUCUAGCAAAUACAUUAAUAUUUGUUCUCAUCAACAAUCAGCAUUAAAUAGAACUCGAUUAGUGACUGUCUGUGCCAUUAUAUAUUUAAAUUCAAGACCAAUGAAUCCUAAUAUUGGUACAUUAUUAGUUUCACUUGAAUCUGGAAUCAUACAAGUGUGGAGUCAUCAUCCUGCUGGAAGAUUCUUAACAGGUUUCUCAGUUAUUCAUACGAGAAGAGAUUCUGCUAUUUCUUUAGCUACUGAUCCUGAAAACAAUUACUUGAUAACAGGCCAUUGUUUCGGAUAUAUAAAAGUUUGGUAUCUCGCAAAUUAUACAAUACCUAAUCCUCCUAAAGUGUGUAUGCCACUUUUAAGAUUAGAAUUUCCAUUUCUUUGGAAAGAUAUAAUAAAUGGUCGUGCUAAGCGAGCUGUACAAAACCAACCAUUACCACUUUUAUUGUCAUCCCUUCGUGGUCAUACAAAGGCAAUUACGUGUCUUCAGAUAAUUCCUGAUGCACGUAUUAUUAUCAGUGGAAGUGCAGAUCAUACAGUACGUUUAUGGACUUUAGGAGGUCGUUAUAUAUCAACUUUGGGAACAUUUAGAGAAUGGAUGCCAAUUUUACCUCACAUACCUGUAUCUAAAUAUUUUCAACAUUUUAGAUAUCCCAUGGAUAUUAAGAGAUCUGCUAGUUUCACUACUAUGAAAGUUCUCCAAGGAGGUCUAGGCUCAGUAGAGAUUAAAGAUGUUGAUGAAACUGAUUAUCUGAAGAUAAUUCCAGAACAAAGUAGACAUAUAUUGUAUGGAGAACAAUUGCAAAGUCCAAUUCUUGGAAAUUAUUACAAAGUAUCUGACGAAACAAAACAUUAUAUUGAGCCAACAGUUUUGGAUAAUUCUUUAACACAUGUGAGUUAUAAAUUAAAUUUCAAGGGACAUUAUUUAUCUUUGAUAACAUUUUUAUAAUAUUGUUAGAUACCAGUGUAUACACAUCUAAUAACACAUACCUUAAAGCACAUUGAAUCUAAGUAAAUCCUUAAUUGUGGAUGGUCAAAAAAAGGAAUUUUUGUAAAACGACAUCACCAUUGUCAUUAUUUCUACUUAUGUUAAAUAACAUUAUG